GCGGAGCCGGACUCGGCUUCGCUGCGCUCCUCGGCGUCGUCGGGCUCGGGCUCGAGCUCGGGACCGGCUCCUCCAGUCUGCCCCCCGGCCGCUGUCUAGCAACGUGCGGCGGCUGCACCAGGCGCUGACGGCGCUGCUGAGCGAGGCGGAGCGGGAGCGCUUCGUGCUGUGCCUCAACGCCUACCACGGCCGCCGCAACGUCUGCGACCUGGUGCGCUCCCUGCGAGCCCUCCUGGACGCCCCCCGCCGCCGCCAGCUCCUGCCGCUGCUGCGCCUCGUCCUGCCCCGCUCCGACCAGCUGCUCUUCGACCAGUACACGGCCGAGGGGCCCUACCUGCCGCCCCCCGGCCCCCCCCCGCAGCCCCCCGGGCGGCUCCGGCAGGUCAGCCUGCGGCGGAGCAAAGCCCACCAAGGGCUGGGCUUCAGCAUCCGCGGCGGGGCCGAGCACGGCGUCGGGAUCUUCGUGUCGCUGGUGGAGCCCGGCUCGCUGGCCGAGAGGGAGGGGCUGCGGGUCGGAGACCAGAUCCUGGGGGUCAACGGCAAGCCCCUGGACAGGGCGACCCACGCCGAGGCCGUCAAGCUCCUGAAAGGCUGCAAGAAGCUGAACCUCUCCGUGCACUCGGUGGGCCGCAUCCCCGGGGGCUAUGUCACCAACCACAUCUACACCUGGGUGGACCCGCAGGGCCGCAGCGUGUCCCCGCCGCUGGGCCUGCCGCACCACCAGAACAGCUCGCUGCGCACCGACAGCGAGAAGAGGAGCCACCUCCAGCUGCUGCAGGAGGGCGACGAGAAAAAGGUGGGAGACCAGAUCCUGGAGGUGAACGGCCGGAGCUUCCUCAGCAUCCCCCACGACGAGGCGGUGAAGCUGCUCAAGUCCUCCCGCCACCUCAUCAUGACGGUGAAGGACAUCGGGAGGCUGCCCCACGCCCGCACCACCGUGGACGAGACCAGGUGGAUAGCAAGCUCCCAGAUCGGAGAGACCCUGGUCAACGCAGCAGGGGCAGCGGGCGAUCACGCUGCGGAGGCGGCAGCCAGGCCUGUGUUUUACCGGGGCCUGGCGGGCUCGCAGGUAACGCUGAGCAGCAUGGUGAACCAGACCCGAGUCAUGCUGGAGGAGCAAGCGCGGCACCUGCUGAACGAGCAGGAGCGAGCCACCAUGGGGUACUACCUCGACGAGUACAAGGAAGGCAACAUCUCCGUGGAUGCUCUGGUCAUGGCGCUCUUCGAGCUGCUCAACACGCACGCUAAGUUCUCACUGCUUUCAGAGGUGCGGGGCGUGAUCUCCCCGCAAGACCUUGACCGCUUCGACAACCUGGUGCUGAAGAGAGAGAUCGAGUCCAUGAAGGCCCGGCAGCCCUCAGGGCCCAGCGUUGGCACCGACUCCUACUCCAUGAUGUCCUACAGUGACACCGUCUCUUCCUCCAGCAGCCACUUCACCUCCACAACCGUCAGCUCGGCCCGGAACACGUCAGAGAUGGAGGGAGGUGGAGACGGCCACCAGAGCAGCAUCAACACCCUGCCGGACAUCUCCCUGGAUGACCUCUCGUCCUUCCCAGAGGAGCCACCCAACUUCAAGCCUCCCCCUCCUCCUUCAGCCCCCCAGAUGCUGGACCCUCCUGCAGCCCAGCACCGGAACCCGGGGAAGGACAAACCCAAGCGCCCGUCCUCCGAGUCCUCCCAGUCAGGCCUCUUCUUCGUGGCCCCCCGAAACCCCACGCCCCCCCUUAACCACUCCGAGCAGGACACAGCCGCGUCACCUCCACCGCCACCACCUCCACCGAGGAGUCCUCCCCCGAGCCCCAUCUACGCCACCAUCUCCCCGACCCUGCACGGCCCCCGGCGCCAGAUGGAUGCCCAGCUCUCCCUGCUCAGCCAGCACCCCAUCGGGCCCUUCCCCAGGGUCCAGUCCCCGACGAGGCUGAAGAGCCCCCCCGCCGAGAGUCCCGCAGCCCCCGGGCACCACAAACCCCCUUCCCCGUCCCCUCCGCCCCCUCCGGCGCACCCCGCGCCCCCACCCCCCGACAGGGGCAGCCCGCGGGCCGUCCCCAACCAGCACUUCAUCAUGGUGGAGGUCCACCAGCCCAACAGCGAGCCCGACGUCAACGAAGUCAGGCCCCUGCCCCAGGCCAGAGCCUCCACGCUGUCCCAGCUGUCGGACAGCGGGCAGACCCUCAGCGAGGACAGCGGGGUGGACAUCGGCGAGCUGGAGAUGGGCGGCAAGGACAAGAGCCGGCAGCCGGUCCUCGGGAAAAGCCGAAGCCUGAAGGAGGCCGCCAGGAGCGAGGCGGCGGCAGAGGGGGCCUCCAAGCCGCCGGGGCUCCUGGAGCCCACCUCCUGCCUGAUCCGGGUGUCCAAGAGCGCGCCGACCCUGGGGAUCGCCAUCGAGGGUGGAGCGAACACGCGGCAGCCGCUGCCCCGCAUCGUCACCAUCCAGCGCGGGGGCUCGGCGCACAACUGCGGGAAGCUGAAGGUGGGGCACGUCAUCCUGGAGGUGAACGGCACCGGGCUGCGGGGCAAGGAGCACCGUGAGGCCGCCCGCAUCAUCGCCGAGGCCUUCAAGCUGAAGGAGAAGGACUACAUCGACUUCCUCGUCACAGAGUUCAACGUCGCCCUGUAGGAGCCCGCCGAGAGCCUCGGGAUGGGCACCAGAAGAGACGUGGGGACACCCCCACGCCCUCCCCUGCCCUGCUGCCACCUGCCUGCCAUCCCCAUGGGGCCGUGGGGCAGGCUGAGGACGGGCACAGCUCAGAGGCCGCAUCCCCACGGGGCCGGGCACGGCGGGCGGUGAGGCCGGGGUGGGCAGCAGGACGGAGGAGGCCGAAAGGAGCCGGACACCCUGUACAUUGCUGGCGCUGUCGUCGUGUGCAUACGGACACGUAUUGCUUGUCGUUUUGCAAUAAAGCUGUCGGGUUACAAGGAG